CAACGCCCUGUCUAUAUCUCGAAAAGCAACAGAAGCAACCACUCUUUCAGUUUUAUUGGAACAAAGCAACCAAAUAUAGCGGCAGCUCUGAACUAAUAGCACUCACAGCUAGAGCACCGUCCAAAUCCCAGCCCCAUAGCACAAACCCACCAAACAAACAAGACAAUGCACCUCCUCUCUCCCCUCAGCCUCAGCCUCGGCCUCAGCCUCCUCACCACAACAACCACCUUCCUCCACCAAGCAACCGCCUCCCCAACAACCCACACUCAUACCCACAUUCACGCUCACGGGCAGCACACCCAGAAAUCCGCGUACCAACCAACCCAGAACAACAACCGCCGCGCCCUCUCCCUCCUCCCAACCCUGAACCUCAACGCCCUUGACCUCACCAAGCUCUCGAACAUCGAUCUCACCGACCCCAACAACGGCGAUGCGCUGGACACGCUGAACGAGGUCCUGGACACGCUGCCGCUGGCGAUCGAGUUCUGGGCCCUGAACCGCACUGCCGGGGUGGUGGGAAUGAGUCUUGAUAUGGGAUUGGCGGAGUUAGCGGAUGUUGGGCUAGUGAGUUUUGGAAAGCAGGGGGAGGGGGCACGAGGGAGGAAUGCUAAGGUGCAUGUUAAUGUUACUAUUACUGGGCUCGUGGAUUAG